UGUGUGUGUGUGUGUGUGUGUGUGUGUGUGUGUGUGUGUGUAUAUAAAGUAAGAUAAGUUCUUCCUGUCCUUCGCUUUUCGUUGCUAGUUGAGACUUCAAGACAGAAAACCAGAACCAUGAAGGCUUACCUGCUGUUGCUGCUGCUGCUGCCUCUCUGCUCAGCUAAACAGUUUUCCAUCCAGUGUUACGGUCAGGACUUCCAUAUGGUCGACAACAUGCUGUUGGACUGCAGCAGUGACAUCAAACAGGCCUGCUACACCAAAGAUAACGGAGAAAAGGGCUGCAUUCAACUUGAAUACUGCUCCAAACCUGGCUGGGACUGCUGCCACACCAAUGGCUGCAAUGCAUGAGCCAAUCACAGCCCAGGAAUCAUUGACGUUGACAAAACAAAUAACGUGAAAUAAAGUUGUGACAGAGAA